CAGGGACCAGGGCGAGCCAUUCACACAUGUGGUGCUCAAGAGGUAACGUGUGUGUGUGUGGCCAGUAACGCUGAAGAAGCUGUGACACAGAAGCUGCAGCGUCAUAGCUCAAGUGUGGUGAGUUUGUGUUCCGUCGAGGCGACGCCAUUCAUCACAGUCCAACUGUACUGCCAUCACUUCAUCUGAUUGCCUGACUGAUUAUCUUGACUGUUCGUCGGGUUCUUCUGACUGGUUCUCCUGCUACUAGUGAAUAAUGACGGAGGCGUGGAAGAUGCUGAUAGUGCUGGUGACUUGUCUAGUGACCUAUUCAUCAGCGUCUGACAUUGAAGACACACAUCAAGAAGACACCGAAGUCUUACAAGCAGAUGAGAGGAUCCUCAGUUAUGGAAACCCAGAGGGCAUCGGCAUAUUCUUCGUACAGAUUUGCACAAUGACGGUGCUGACGCUCUCAGCCAUAUACGUCAUCUACGUCAUCUUCCUGCCACCAGUGAGACAACGACGUAGCGUCUCGUCGACUAUGUGGGAUCUGCUUCCUGAAACUGAUUCGUAUGAUGUCUUCAGUUUCCUGAAUCAAGCUUUAAAGAGUGCCGAAGCUCUUGAGUCCACCUUGGACGCUAUGGAAGUUAAUUCACGAGCUUGUGGGAAUUUGACUCUGUGUGAAAUGCAGCGAGCGGCCUCCAGAACGCCUGCCUUAAACGCUCUUCUGCAGUUCUUCAGACCAUCCAUCGGUCUGCUGCAAGAGGACAGAGAGGGACAAGGGGACUGCGUGACGCGCUACGUGGAGUGUCCCAACUCCUUGUUCAGGGCUGUCUUUGGCGACCAGCUCCGGCAAGGACAGGUACUGCUGGUGGACACGCAGCAUCAUCCAUCACCUCCGUAUUUACUUUAACUGACCGAUUUAUGUUGAAGUUAUCGUUAUAUGUUGAAAAUUGGAGAUAUUUUAUAUUCCAUAUCGCAAGUAAACAAAGCUUUACAUAUAUGUGUGAGUGUGUGUGUGUGUGUGUGUGUGUGUGUGUGUGUGUGUGUGUGUGUGUGUGUGUGUGUGUGUGUGUAUGUGUGUGCAUGUGUAUGAGUGUGUAUAUAAUUAUUUAUUAUUUAUAUAUAGAUUUAUGUUUGUGUAAAUGUUAUCAUAGGAAAUUUAGAUAUACAUUGACUAAUGGCCAGUAACGACCUAUAAGCUACUUGUGCGACCAUAACAACGUAUAAGCUGGCUAUACGUCACUAGCGACGUACAGCAUCUUGCCGUGCGUCGAAAACGUAACUAAGUAAGAUCACCGAAAGACACAUAACGUAACCACAUGCGUUUUUACACUAACAAUCAUACGCGAUUAAAGGUCUUAAGAAAACCUCGAGCGGUCACCUUAAGAAAUAUAUGUCUGUCCCUAAUUACUAGAUUUUUUUAGUUCCUAUAAUUAAUGGCUUAAUCCAACAUAUGUGUGGUGAAAGACGGAAAAAAUUCCCUGUUUCUGAAUAAUUGAAUAAUUUAUAUGCAUUAUUAUAUCAACUCUUUGACUUGCUACCCUGUGCCAGGAUAAAUCCAGCCUUUAAGCAUUCAUUUGCGAAACCUCUACAUCUUUGCUCAAUGAUGUGUGUGUGUGUGUAAAAACUUCGAAUUUAUCAAAUAAUUUGCGAGUAUUGAAACUUUGCUUCCCGAGGUUUCUAUUGUUAUAAGCAUUCUCGCAGUAUUUCGGAGCUCUUAAACUGAAACUUAAACUAAACUUAAAGUUCUUAAAUAAAUGUAAACCAUCUUUGAGGAAAGAUGUACAGGUUUCGUAACUAGACACCACGUAAGUACUUGAUGAAUCCUGCUCCCUGGACCAGCAUUCACUUACGUCUUAGUCUGUAUUUACUAAAGAGUUUACGAGUCCCAAAGCUCAACCAGGUCGUCCUCAACACAGUUCAUUGUUGUUAAGGACGACCUUGUACAGCUCAGGAGGUCGUUAGCUCCAUGUUAAGUAGAUCGGGUAAGGGUACGGACUGUGUUCUCGGCCGGUCGUACUAAAUAUAAAUAUAUAUAAGAAGUUUAGUUAUCAGAAGAAGCAGUGUCUUUCGAUUUGAUUUAAUAUAUAUGGUUAUUAUUAUCAUUGUCAUCUUCUAAAUGGGGGGGGGGGGGUAAUAUAUUUUAAAAACCCAUCUUACACUAGUGCUUCAUCGUUUGAACGUUUGUGACAUUUAUUUUCAUGCAGUCUGUAAGUUUAAUGCCGAAAAGCAGUUUUGUUAUCACUUUUCCUUUAAAGCUUUUGUUUGGUGUUGAACCUAAACUGUGUCAACCUCUGUAGGGUUAUUAAGACCACCACAAUUGAGUACCCACCAACCAGCAACAGGGUAACCCCUGUUACCCACCAACUAUGUUCAGUAUAGUCCUAAACAUAGGACAAUACUCUCUUAUGUUCAAUACAGUAUACUUUAGUCCUGAAUAUAGAUCAGGACUAAAGUAUACUCAGUAUAUAUACACCAAGAAGGGGAAUUCACCAUUCGGUACAAAUAUCUCUUGCAAUGCUUGUCAUAUAUGUUAUAGCUAUUCCUAAGGGUGUUACAGAUAAUCUGAGGUCAAAGAUUAGAUAAUUUAUCUAUAAAUAUCCAAUUUCGUUAAGUAAUAUGUGCUAAACUGUAUAUUUUUAGCUGGGUAUUAGAAUGUAAAAUGCAUAUAUAUAAUUCUAUUCAUUUUCCGAAAAUAAAUUGAGAAUUUAUUAUCAAAAUCGACAAAUCAAUGCGCAGCAGGAACAAUUUAAACUAAAUAGUUCACG